AUAAAGCUCUAACCCCUCCUCCACAUGCAAGUACUCGUAUUCACCAUCCUAGCCCGCCCUCCACCUCCUCCACAUCUUUACCAUAACGCUGCUCCAUCACUUUCCAGUUUCUCCUCCACCUACUAUCCCCCUACUGUCCCUACCGAAUCAGUCAUCAUGAGUCAGGCAAAUGGAUCAUUCCAGUGCGACAACUGUCCGAGACGCUAUAAACGGAUUGACUACCUCAUUCGUCACAAACGGUCUCAUACUCAAUCAAAGCCAUACAAGUGCUGGACAUGCUUCAAGUCAUUUGCAAGAGUAGAUAUACUGAAAAGACAUAUGGCCAGCCAUGCGUCAACUAAAAUCCUUUGUACUGGUCCCCCUAGCAGCAAGACCCAGAAAUGCACAUAUUCAGAGGACGGGGACAUCGGACAAGGGGAAGUACGUUCAAUGGUCACAAAUCAACCUCCAGAGCUCAUCGUCGAUUCAUCUCACCAAGAUCUUCUCAUACGACCUCACCAGAGCUCACUUGAGCAUGGUGCAGCGAAUGCUACUUUCACCAACCCAAUGCAACUACAUUUAGUACUGGGGCCUGACGUGAUGAACCCAACUGGAAAUCUUGACCACAAUUUCAAGUCGCCCAAAACCCAAGAACAAAUCACAACUGAUCAAAACGUCUCCUGUGUGGGCUUCUCGGCCUCUGGAGGUUCUGUGGAAAAUAUGGAUAUGACAAUGUCGUAUCAAGAGAACUUUUGUGCUGAGAUUGGCUUUACAGAUGCUGACUUAGAGAUGCUGGAUGCUUUCAUCAGCACUUUGCCCUCGGACUUGUACAGUCUAGACACCUCAGAAGUUGAGCGAGAUCAGGAGCCGAAACAUUCUCUCGUACCAUUACCUGCCGGUGAGACUGAUACUGAUGUCGAGCCAAGGCAUGGGAAUUUGCUACAUAUUCAUCAUCCACGAAACGUCAAGCCCGAGACGCGGGGGAAGCGCCGGCGUGCAUCAACCGAUCUGAAAUCUGCUUCUAGAAAUAGAAUUCUCACAGCCCUUGUUCAAUGGGGACCUAAAGAGAUUACCAGAAUCAUUGAGGUCCUCCCUCCGGUUGAUCCCUUGGAUGGGCUCCUUCAUUCCUAUUUGAACGCACCUGUGGCCCAUGCCAGGACGUUCAUUCAUGUGGCAACCUUCAACCCGAACGAAACACGACCAGACCUAUUGCUCGCCAUGUUAGCUUCUUCUUGCGCCCUUUCUACAGACGUAACUUUGAACAAACUUGGACGAGUCUUCCAGGAAUGUGUUCUGGCAUCCCUUCCCAAGCAUUUCGAAGCAGGAAACUCAACCACUCAAGACCUCGAGCUUGCUCAAGCCUUUCUUAUUACCCUCGAAGUUGGGACUUGGAGUGGACAUAUGAGAACGACUGAGGCUGCCGAAAGUUUCUUCCAGCCCCUCUUGACAAUGAUAAGACGAACCGGCAUGUUGAAUUCUUCCGGCUACACCCAAACGUCUAAACGAGUCAAGAGUGACGAGUCACUCCAGGAGAAGUGGCUCGGAUGGAUUCAUCUUGAGUCUUGGAAGCGACUCGUUUGCAGAAUUUACAAACAUGACACGAACAGCUCAAUAGCUCUUCAAGUCAAUCAGCUGAUCUCGUAUGCGGAGUUCUGUUUGCCCUUACCUGCAUCUAGCGAUAUGUGGUCCGCCGCGACUGCCGAAGAAUGGAACUCCCUUUUCCUUGCCCGCCAGCAAAACGGCUCUUCACAACAAGUAACAUUGACCGAUUAUAUAGAAGACGUCGAUGGUACAAACGUCUCCGAUGCUACGACGGACCUAAGCAUUGUACGAGAGGUAUUUCUAUCCUUUGCGUGGGGUUUAUCAUGGGAGUAUAUUCAGCUGGUCAGGUUUCAGACCCAACGACCCAGCAAAUGGAACCUCUCUAUCAUGAACUCACGAUAUAACGAGCUUAACGAAAUUUUGAAUCGAUGCUACAAACGCGCUGAUCCAGAUGCGUUUGUCCAACUAGCUUCGGAGUUAAAGAUAAAUUGUAUUUGUAUGCAUCUCCAUUUAUCUUUCCAUGACAUUCAGGCUUUCUUCAAGGCUUCUGAAUCUUUACAUGCCCGGAAAAUCUACUUUCAACUUGUCCAAUGGGCGAAAAGCGAGCAUGCCAGAAAGUCCGUGUGUUAUGCGGCACGGCUAUUGCAUAUAGCCCGUCUUUCACCUAAAGGUACAAUCCGAGGACCCUGCACAAUCAUGGUUUAUCAAGCUGCCCUUACAUUGAUCGCAUAUGGCGUGGUCUGCAUACCCCUCGAGGACGAUCACAAUCAGAAGAUUGUGCAGAUCUACAAAUGUGAAGAUAUCAGCGUGCAGCAGUUCAUACAAUCUGGCUGCGGAGUACCAGCAAUCGAGGGUAAUAUUCGACUUGGCGAUAAGUCCUUCAACUCGACGGCGGUGUGUUUAACCGACCUAAAUCGGGUGAUAGAGGAAGUCUCAGAAAUAUUCAAAACCAACUACAGGCAAACCAAAUAUCCUCCUAUUAUUCAUGAGGUCAUGGGUUUGUUAGCUAAGGUUAAGAUUAGUUUAGUGAAUUUAAGGUGAUAUAUUAUAGCUUAUACAAGAUAUUUUAUAGAUUUUCAGAAAAC